AUGACCAUAUCACAUCUGAUCAUGACUUGUGAGAAGUUGCCUUGGAAUAUUGAGGUCGGGGUCCGGGUGCGGCGGGUGGGCAGCGGCCACACGUGUGAAGGCCAGAGCCUGUCGCCAGAGGCAAGGGCGAACUCCUCACGAAAACGACUCACUGAAAAUUGUCACGGGAAGCUCGAAGACGGCAUCCUUGAUGGCACUGGGGCCCGCUUGGGCAUGUUUUCCGCGCGUUUUGAUGGGGGCGAGGUGGAGCUACUCUUCCGCGAGGUCCACCGGAUCCUUCAAGCUCACCAUUACAACGCGCUCAUGGUCCACGCCGAUCACGGGGAAGACUUCGGAACACAGACCCUAGAUUUCUUGGGUCGGUUAAAGAGUGACAAGGGCAUUCUCUUAGCUGUGUGUACGAGCGACUACGCUGAAGUCACCGCGUCGGGGUAUUCAACGUUUCGCGAACUCAAAUUUGCGCAUGAUUGCGCGCUGGAUAUCAUCCCCCUACGUGUGUCAGACAUCUAUCCACCUGAGCCCCCGCACGGCCCCACGCACAAGUAUGACAAGUCUGGAUCAGGAGUUGCACUAGUCACAUUGGCUUUGUCUCCGAGUAAGCGUUUUCUCGACUGUCGCGGCAAAAGUGCUGGCGACAUUGCCGCUUUGAUUGCGCGGCGGCUGCUGGGCGACCAACAUCAGGCAGGGUGGGGCUGA